AAAGCACUGGUGGGCUUGAGAGUUGCAGUGGGGCAGGCAGUGUUUGGCAGGAAGGGGAGGCCUCUCUCCUGGCAGGAAGCUGCGCUACGGAAAGAGGGAGGAGACUACUGCACCAGUAGCGGCUGGUGGGAGCCCCAUGUGGCAGAGGGGCUGCCACCACCAAGGGGGAGGCGGAGGGCCCGAGAGCAGAGUGCUGAAGACACCGCCGCCAUCCUCCUCGCCUGCUCCGGCGCCCUCCUAAACACGCUCCUCGCCUAAGGAUCCUCCCCUUCCAGCUCUUGCAAACACCCGGCUCCUCGCCUGCGGAUCCUUCUUGGACGCAGGCUCACCGCAAAGGAAGCUGCGAGGUGUCCGAUUUGCACACGUGAAGCCCGAGAUCCGGGGCGGUGGACGCCAGGCAAGACAUGAAAACCCCCAACUCGCAGGAGGCCGAAGGGCAACAAACCAGGGCAGUCGCAGGACGGGCCACUGGGUCUGCAAACAUGACGAAGAGAAAAGCCUCCCAAAAGAAGCAGAGAGGCAGACCUUCGUCCCAGCCCCGCAGGAACAUCGUGGGCUGCAGGAUUUCACACGGAUGGAAGGAAGGCGAUGAGCCCAUCACCCAGUGGAAAGGAACCGUUCUGGAUCAGGUGCCUAUAAAUCCUUCUCUUUAUCUGGUGAAAUAUGAUGGAAUUGACUGUGUCUAUGGACUGGAACUUCACAGAGAUGAAAGAGUUUUGUCUCUUAAAAUUCUUUCCGACAGGGUGGCAUCAUCUCAAGUCAGUGAUGCAAACCUUGCAAAUACCAUAAUUGGUAAAGCUGUGGAACAUAUGUUUGAGGGUGAGCAUGGUUCUAAGGAUGAAUGGAGAGGAAUGGUCUUGGCCCAAGCACCUAUCAUGAAAGCCUGGUUUUAUAUUACGUAUGAGAAAGAUCCUGUCUUGUACAUGUACCAGCUUCUAGAUGAUUAUAAAGAAGGAGACCUCCGUAUCAUGCCAGAGUCCAGUGAGUCUCCUCCAGCAGAGAGGGAGCCAGGAGGAGUUGUAGAUGGCCUGAUAGGUAAACAUGUGGAAUAUACCAAAGAAGAUGGCUCCAAACGGAUCGGCAUGGUCAUUCACCAAGUGGAAGCCAAACCCUCUGUGUAUUUCAUCAAGUUUGAUGAUGAUUUCCAUAUCUAUGUCUAUGAUUUGGUGAAAAAGUCCUAACUGUUAGGGUAAACUUUGCCACAUUUGUGAAAACAAAUGUGUACUUUGUAGACAUGCAAAAUAAUGUUACUUUUCAGUGUAUUGAAAGCUUUAGGGUCCCUGUUAAUCCAACAUCUUUGCCAGCAUAACUGUUGUUUUGUCCUGAAAAAUACAAAUUUUUGUGGCCAUGACACGCUGUGUGUAAGGAAUUUGUCAUGUUGAAACGACUGGGUGUGUUUGGUGGAUGGGGCAUGAAAGGAAGGAACAGCUGUAAAUUCAGGCUGUGAAUAAAGUUCAGCUAGUAUCAUAA